AUGGCUUGGAGAAGAGUCUAUGCACUGCUCUUGUUGUGCAUCAUCCGGCUCCUGCCCAUGGUUGGCAACGAGCAGGGUGAGGCCAUCCAGGCUGGCGUACAGCAGCCUGUGGAGCUGCCAAACACGGACAUGACUGGUCUGCUGGAAAAGGUGGAUGAGAUGGACCCGAUUUUGGAGGAGACGGAACCGGUGCUGGAGGAGAGCGACUUUUCCUGGGGAGCCCUCCUCUUUGCUCCUCUGGAACAAUGGCACUUCUGGGUGGUUGCGGUAGGACUGGCGCUGCUCGUCGCACUCUGCUUGGGGCUCUGGAGAAGGACCCGUGCUCCAGACAGCGGUGAUGAGCGGGACAGGUCUGUCACCAUCACGGAGGAGGAGGACAAAGAAAGUGAAGAUGAUUUCUAUGCGGAGGAGCGGCUGGGCAGGGAGAAGAUCCGGCGCUCAGCGCGGAGCCUGGCCUGCAGGAGACAGGAGGUGGAGACGGUGGUGGGCAAUGUCCUCGGUGUCCUCCAGGAGCGCCUGUCCCACAGCUUCUUCCUGGUGCCGCAGGCAGCCAUCGGGGUGGGCAGCGCCUUUGAAGGCUGGAGUCCCUGUGGGCCUGACGCUGUGUUCCGGCUGCUGGUGCCCCUGAAACCCUCCCGGGGACAUGCCUUCCAGCUGGAGCUGGGCCCUGCAGGAGACACAGCGGCAAAGCACCGUGUCCGCGUGGACCUGGCGUGCACCUGCUCGAAGGAGGCCCGUGGGGAGGAGGCCAUGCUGUGCUUCGUCCACCAGCCCUAUGAGGCGCUGGAGAGAGAUCAGGACUCCGGCCUCCUGUGCCAGCUCUGCACCGGCCGCUACCUGGAUGCGCAGAAGAUCGCCCGCUGGUUCCAGGAGCUGGUGAGCUCAGCCUGGGAGGAGAUGGGUCUUGGGCGUCGCUACCGGCUGAGGGUGCUGCCUUCCCGCCGCUCCUGCAAGCUGGAGCUGACAGGGGCCUCCGGGAGAUCCGUCGUCGUGGAGCUGCUCUUCGGGGUGCAGCGAGGCGAGUCGGACCUCUUCCUGAGCAGCCAGGCUCCAGAGGCCAUCUUCACGCCGGGCAUCAUGUGGACAGAGAGCUCCGCUGUGGCAGAGGCCAAGUUCUUCAGCCACGUGGCCAGGCAGGCCCUGCCUGACAGCCUCCACCUCCAAUGCCUGCAGCUCCUCACCGGCAGCCUGGGAGGCACGGUCCUUUCCUCCUACACCUUCAAGACGGCCAUGAUGCACCUCCUCAACCUGUGCCCCGGGACAAGCGUGCCAUUCACCCUCCAGCUGCAGGACGUCAUGGACUACCUGCGCAGCUGCCUGGAGGAGAAGCGCCUCCAUCACUUCGUCUUUGGCAACGAGUGCUUGCCCGAGGCCAUCGUCUUGCCCCCAGCCACCCAGCCAGCUGAGCCAGUCAACCUCUUCCAGUGCCUGGUGGAGGAUCCAGAAGCCCACGCCAAGGCACUGCGGGAGUUCCAGGAGCUGCAAGGUCGGCUCACGGGCCUCCUGCUCUUUGGAGCCUGAAAGAGGUUCUCACCUCUGGCAGCACCUGCGUGGUUGUGUCCCCUGGGGCUCUGCCUGCUGUCUGCCGGAGGGCCCCUUCUCCCUGGGACCUUCUGCCCUUUGUACAUAGUUGUCAAUACACGGUGUCUUGCACAAAAAGCUGCGUCUCUGAGUGUGUGUGCACCGUUCCUGGGGGGAAGGCGGGCAUCGGGUGUGGACUGCUCGGCCACCUGAGGGUAGGAAGAAGCCCCUGCCCCAGUCCAGGUUGGGGGCUGAGCUGCUGGAGAGCAGCUCUGAGGAGA